UAAAUUUCAUAACUUGUUGAAUUUAAAAGCAAGGGUUUUCAACAAAGCAUGUAGGGAUAGGGAUGUAUCCCAAUCUACAUUCCCACACCCUUUCUUUCCAUACAUAUUUAAAUCCGAAGUAGCAAAGAUGAAGAAAUAAGGAAGUCCCCGCCAUGUUAGCCUCCUUGAUAAGAAGCGUGAUUUUUUUUUUUUGUUGUUGUUGAAAGAAAUGGCAUAAAGAGAGCCUUUGCAUGAGAAGUGUCUUUAAAUAACAUGAAAAAGAAAAUUAAUAUUAAACUAUACCUAAUUCUCAUCUCAUUCCUCCCUUAAAUUCACCCCAUUCUGCUUCUUUCUUUUAUAAUACUCCUUUCAAUCUCAUAUUUAUGAUCCCAAACCCAACUUUUUCCUUUUUGCUCCAUUAAAUAUUUGAAUUAUUUUUGGUGUUGUUGUGGUUUCUUUGGUUAGUUUACUAGUGUUAAGUUGUUAAGCCAACCAUUUUAUUUUGAACCAACCAAAAAUGCUUUAAUUUGUUGAUCAUACAUUUCUUUCUUCUCAACUUCUCCUUUUUCUUGGAACUUGAUGGGGGCCUUGUUCCUCAAUUGUUUCUCUGUAUCACCAACUGCUUUCAAUAAAGGUGGGUCGUGGAGGAAGAAGCGCAGCAACUGUAGCAGUUUCGUACAUUGCCAAGGGAGUAGUGGGAAAGCAAUCAAAACUGCUGGGGUUUCUUCUGUUGUGAAGGAAAGGUCCAAAAUGGUUAAUGGUGGUGAUCGUAGUCCGGCGCUUAUGGAUGCUGGAAGCCUAAUUGUGUCGCCAAAUCAAGCUGAUAUUGCAGUUAAAGAUUUGGUGCCUUAUGGUGGAUCAACUACUAGCUUAGUGGAGUUGCAAGAUGGUAUCGGCAUUGUCAAGUUCCUUAGAGGGAAGGAGUUUUUCAUUACUGGUUCUACAGGAUUUCUUGCCAAAGUUCUUAUUGAGAAGAUUUUACGAACUGUGCCUGAUGUUGGGAAGAUAUUUGUGUUGGUGAAGGCUAAAAGCAAAGAAGCAGCAAUGGAAAGAUUGAAAACUGAAAUAAUAAAUGCAGAGCUUUUCAACUGUCUACAACAAACAUAUGGGAAUAGUUACCAAAGUUUCAUGUUGAGCAAACUUGUCCCUGUGGUAGGAAAUGUUUGUGAAUCUGAUCUUGGAUUGGAUGAUGAAUUAGCUGACUUGAUUUCAAAAGAAGUCGACAUUAUUGUGAAUUCUGCAGCUAAUACAACUUUUGAUGAAAGAUAUGAUGUGGCCAUAGAUAUAAAUACAAAAGGAGCAUCCCAUCUCAUGGGCUUUGCCAAGAAGUGCAAGAAACUUAAACUCUUUUUGCAAGUGUCAACAGCAUACGUGAAUGGCCAAAGACAAGGAAGAGUGAUGGAAAAGCCAUUUGACAUAGGAGAUUGUAUUGCAAGGGAAAAUUUAAUUGCUGAAACCACGCCAAGAUCUAUACCCGAGUUAGAUAUCGAAGAAGAGUUCGUAUUGGCUCGUGAUACCAAGGAAGGUUGUCACGAAAGUGAAUUGGCUCAGAAAAUGAAAGAAUUGGGUCUACAAAGGGCUAGAAAAUAUGGAUGGCAAGACACCUAUGUGUUCACAAAGGCUAUGGGAGAGAUGAUGAUCAAUAAUAUGAGAGGAGAAAUACCGGUAGUGAUAAUACGACCGAGUGUCAUUGAGAGCACCUGCAAAGAACCAUUUCCUGGAUGGAUGGAAGGAAAUAGGAUGAUGGACCCAAUAGUAUUAUGCUAUGGGAAAGGGCAGCUAACAGGUUUCUUGGUUGAUCCCAAUGGAGUUCUUGAUGUUGUUCCAGCAGAUAUGGUUGUGAAUGCAACCUUGGCAGCCAUUGCAAGACAUGGAAUGACCCCAAAACCAGAUAUUAACAUCUACCACAUCGCAUCAUCAGUUGUAAAUCCACUGGUUUUCCAGGAUUUAGCCAGAAUGCUCCAUGAGCACUACAAUUCAAGGCCUUUUCUCGACUCGAAGGGUACCCCAAUCCACGUUCCGUCAAUGAAGCUGUUCAGUUCCAUGGAGGAUUUCUCAGCUCACCUCUGGAGAGAUGCUAUGCACCGAACUGGAUUGCCAGCAUUGGCAUCUUGGAGCGGAAAACUGUCGCAGAAGCUCGAAGCGGUGUGCAGAAAGUCGGUGGAGCAAGCAAAGUACUUGGCUAACAUAUAUGAGCCAUACACAUUCUAUGGUGGAAGGUUUGACAUCAGCAACACCAAGAGACUACUGGAGACCAUGUCUGAAGAAGAGAAGGUAAGCUUUGGAUUUGAUGUGGAAACCAUAGAUUGGAAAGAUUAUAUAAAAAAUGUGCAUAUUCCUGGGUUAAGGAGGCAUGUAAUGAAGGGCAGAGGGAUGUGCUCUUCACCUAUUAGCUAGAUUUUACAAUAAUUAUGUAUGAAAUAAAUGCUUAUACAUUUUCUUUAUGUUACAAAAAACCAAAGAAGGCAGAGAAGUCUAGCCUUCUUAUUUGUGAUGUAAUUUAACUCUCUUGGGGGGUUUUAUUAGUAAAGUUCAUCUUUCUCU